AUGACACCUGAUCAAUUAUUGAACCAUCAAACAUGGUGGCAUGGGCCACAGUGGCUUCAUUUAGAGAAAGAAGAAUGGCCGAAAUCGGUCAAAUACACAAUCGAAGAAUUAAAUCAAGCGACAGUGGAGCAACGAGCCACUGUUUCAGCUCCUGCUCAAGAAAUAAAAACCAGUUUCAUUUUCACUUUGAAAUCUAAAUUAUCGGAUCUAGUGCGGAUCGUAGCUCUUGUAAGGAGAUUUAUCUACAACUGCAGAAACUGUCAGAACCGCAAAUUAGGAUUUCUGACAUACGAAGAGCGAGAAAGUGCUCUAUUACGAUUGGUUGCAUUGGCACAAGAGGAAAGCUUUCAUCUAGAGUUGACUGAGUUAAAAACUAAAAAUUCAAUAACGUUUCCAUCUCGAAUAAGAUCAUUGAAUCCUCGUCUCGUGAACGGACUACUUCUCGUCGGCGGCCGGCUGAAUUAUGCUCAGAUUUCCGUUGGACGCAAACACCCAUUAAUUCUGGACAACCGUCAUCCACUCACCACGCUGAUUGCAACUCAUUAUCACGAAACCCUUCUUCAUGCUGGCCAACAACUGAUAAUCUCCAGUAUGCGCGAGAGAUUCUGGCCUAUUGGAGCAAGAAAUGUAACACGCAAAGUGAUACACAGAUGUCUCAAAUGCUUCAGAACACGUCCAAAAAGUCACGAACAAAUAAUGGGUGACUUACCAGUUGAACGCGUCACACCAGCACCACCCUUCACGAGAGUGGGAGUGGAUUAUUGCGGACCGUUCAACGUCCAGUAUCCGUAUCGAAAAGGUAAACCAAUCAAAUGUUUCAUCGCAGUGUUCAUUUGUCUAGUGGUCAAGGCUAUCCACCUGGAAAUAGUCGCAGACCUCACAACUCAGUCAUUCAUCGCAGCGUUAAAACGAUUUGUCGCACGCCGUGGUCGUCCAGAAAUUAUCAUGUGUGACAAUGGCCGAAAUCUCGUCGGAGCUCGGCGUGAAUUGGACGAAUUGAGAAGGUUAUUCAAUAACCAAAGAGAAUCGAUAUCGAAGGAAGCAGCUACUGAAAAUAUAAAUUUCAAAUUUAUUCCGGCAAGGUCUCCCAAUUUUGGCGGUCUCUGGGAGGCAGCAGUCAAAUCGAUGAAGAGUCACAUGAAGAGAACAUUGGGCAAUGUCAUACUUCAUUCAGAUGAAUUGGCCACCUUAGUAGCUCAAAUCGAAGCUUGCCUUAACUCGAGGCCAAUUACACCUCUCAGCAACGAUCCGAACGAUUUAACCGUCCUUACACCAGGACACUUCCUUAUAAAUCGACCUCUAAUGGCGAUUCUUGAACCAUCUUUACAAGAAAUACAGGAAUCGAGACUCUCCAAGUGGCAACGUGUCCAGAACUAUCUCCAACAAUUGUGGAGACGAUGGUCGACACAAUAUCUAUCAAAUUUACAAAAUCGUACGAAAUGGACGAAACAGCGGAAAAAUCUAUUCGUUGGCACGAUGGUUCUGCUGCGAGAUGAGAAUUUACCCCCUCUCAAAUGGAGUUUAGGACGAAUUAUCGAUAUACACACCGGCGAAGAUGGUAACAUCAGAGUGGUUAAGGUACGCACAAAGGACGGAGUUUACGUGCGAGCCAUCUCCAAAGUCUGCAUUUUGCCGAUAGCAGACAACGAGUCACCAUCAACUGAGGAAUAA